GCCAUGGCAACUGCUGAAUCACGGUCUGCAGCCAUCCUCUAAUUCCGUCUCCUCAUGCAGCCGGGCCCUCCGUCAUCGGUAGGCCUCUGCAUUGCAUUAGCAUAUUGACGCUUCAAUUUGCUGUAUUAGUUGCAGCAGUCUGUGCGGGUCUUGGAGGACACGGAGGUGCAGCAGGCUGAAGAGCAGCCAUUCGGAUGGGGAACGUACCCACUACAGUGAAGCACUGCCUGAGCUAUGAGCAAAUCAUCCAGGACUACCCAUGGCUGACACGCUGGCUGCUGGCGGAGAAGACUGUUACUGGACAUGUGUAUCCAGAGUUUGUUAAAAUAGUUGAAGUUGGACCGAGAGAUGGACUUCAAAAUGAAAAGGAAAUUGUUCCGACAGGGGUGAAAAUCCAGCUGAUAGACAUGCUUUCAGGAACAGGCCUGUCUGUGAUCGAGGCCACCAGCUUUGUCUCUUCAAAGUGGGUACCGCAGAUGGCAGACCACACUGAUGUACUCGGAGGGAUCCAGAGAGAUCCUCAUGUCCGGUACCCUGUUUUGACACCUAACAUGCAAGGCUUUCAGGAUGCUGUUGCAGCUGGUGCUACUGAAGUGGCGGUGUUUGGGUCGGCGUCUGAAACCUUCAGUAAAAAAAAUAUUAACUGCUCUAUUGAUGAAAGCAUGCUGAGGUUUGAGGAAGUCAUUAAAGCUGCCAAGGAGCGACAAAUUCCAGUCCGUGGAUAUGUUUCUUGUGCCCUUGGAUGCCCCCUCGAGGGACACAUUGAACCUUCCAAAGUCUCUCAGGUGGCAAAGAGGUUGUAUGAAAUGGGCUGCUACGAGAUUUCCUUGGGGGAUACCAUCGGUGUUGGUACACCAGGUUCCAUGUUUAAGAUGCUGCAGAGUGUGAUGAACGAGGUGCCGACCAACGCUCUAGCAGUUCACUGCCAUGACACUUAUGGGCAAGCACUGCCCAACAUCCUGACUGCACUUCAGAUGGGGGUCUCUGUGGUGGAUUCGGCAGUAGCUGGCCUGGGAGGUUGCCCAUAUGCUCAGGGUUCAUCUGGCAAUGUUUCAACAGAGGAUGUGCUCUACAUGCUCCAUGGCAUGGGCAUUGAGACUGGUGUGAACCUUACCAAAGUUUUAGAGGCUGGAGACUUCAUCUGCAAUGCUUUACGUCGCGGGACAAACUCCAGGGUUGCCCAGGCCAGAGGCAGAACACUGUGAUGUGUUUCUUUAAAGGAUUAUAUUUAGAUAUUUGACUCCCUUUAAAGUGCUUCCCUCGUUGUUGCUGCCUUCAGAUGUUGCCUAUGCUUUAGUAGUUGAAGUACAUUGUUCCUCGUAUUGAACUGUCAGAUGCGUCUCAUCCAAAUAAUCUCAAGAAUGAUCCGAACAACAUUGUGUUUCGUCUUCAAAUCAAAUCAGUUCCCUACCUUUCAGUUCAUUUCCACAUUUUGAGUUUAUUACUUGAAGGCUAAAUGACUCCAUUAUGAUCGAAUGAGACAUCCUGUUUUUGUGUGAUAUUUUGGUUGGCUUAUUUUGCUCUGUAUGAUUGGAUAUUACAAAAGCUGACUAUCAAGGAGGCUGUUGAUUUGUGAUGAAUGUCUAGAUAAUACAUUCUAGCCCUUUUAGAAGCUUGAUUGUUUACUUCUCUUUUAAAACAUUCUCAUAUUUAUUUGACUCACACAAAUAAACCCAGUAAAAGUUAGUCACUUUCAUGACUUUGCGUAACUCAGUGACCUUAUAAAGUAAAGUCACAGAAUAAGAAUUUAGUCUCUUUUGACAACUUGCUGAACUCAAUUUAUUGCCAAUGCAGAUGUUAAUAAACAGAACACAAACAGCAAAAAGAAAAAUUCCUUCCUGCUUUUGAAAUAUCAAUAUCUCUUUAUGCACUUUACUCUGAAAGACCUUUUCAGCUUCUCCUACCGGUGUCAGGCCACGUAUGAAUAGCAACCACAAACAAGACACCUCUCAAACUACCACAAAGAUAACAAUUAUAAAGCCGUCUCCGAACAGUGUUUGCCCUCAGGUUUGCCAAAGAUCAUUUAAAAAGUGCCCCGCGAUCGUUUUCUGCCACUAAAAAGCUUUUACCAUGACAUAAGAUACUCUCUAAGAGGAUCCUCUGUGUGAGUGCCGAAUGUGGUUUCCUCCUGUCUGUUUAUGUCCUACUGUGCUGUAAAACAUGAUCAAAUAUGAACAUUGAAAUGGAAUGUGACACUAAAAGAUUAAUGAGAUUUUAUCUUAUGCAUGAUUGCAAAUAUAUGGUGUAUAUAUUGUCAUUAUCAGGUAAUUGUCUUUUCAUGUACCCAUAUGCCGGAGGAUGAAGAUGAUCCAAAUAAAGAAAAAAUAGCCAUUGUGGAUGUCUCUGUCCAGGCCAUCAGGA